AUGAAUAGCACUGAGUGCAUGGACGAUUACAAUCUGGAUAAGAACUUGUUUCCAUUUGUUUACAUCACUGUGAUUGUGGUCAGUAUUCCUGUCAAUUGUACAUUCCUCUGUGUAUCUUGUAUACAAGUGAGGGAAAAAAAUGAGUUAGCUAUAUACCUCUUCAGUUUAUCCCUAGCUGACCUCCUAUACACUCUGACCUUGCCUCUGUGGAUUGAUUACACUUGGCGAGAAGAUACCUGGCAAUUCUCUGCUUUGCUUUGCCAGAUUUCUGCCUUCCUUAUGUACAUGAAUUUUUACACCAGUGCUGCCUUCCUCACUUGCAUCUCCGUUGAUAGAUACCUGGCAUUAGUUCACCCUCUCAAGUUCCAACACUUGCGCACAAGAAGAUCUGCCUUGCUUGUUAGCAUCUUUGUUUGGGUUUUGGAAACCAGCCUGAACAGUAUGAUUCUGGUGAAGGAUGAAACAUUCCACAAGGUUUGCAAUUCCACUGACCAUCUCUUAUGUUAUGAUAAAUACCCUUUGGAAAAAUGGCAAGCCAUACUAAACAUCUUCCGGAUAUGCUCAGGAUACAUGAUCCCUUUGGCAAUCAUGCUGUUUUGCAACCAAAAAAUCUACCAAGCUGUGAGGCAUAAUCAAGCCACAGAAGAUAGAGAAAAAAAGAAAAUCAAGAAGCUGCUAUUGAGCAUCAUCAUUACUUUCUUCUUUUGCUUCACUCCUUACCAUGCUGUGUUGCUGAUUCGCAGCAUCAAUGAGCCAGACAAUGACAACUUUAUCCAUAUGUUUAAGCCUUAUAGAAUUACACAGGCCUUAACAAGUUUCAACUGUAUUGCUGACCCAAUUCUGUACUGCUUUGUGAGUGAAACUGGGAGAACGGAUAUCCUGAACAUGCUCAAGCGCUGCUUUUGUGUGCGGCAAUCUGAGUUACAGCAGCCAACAGAUGCUACUAUGACUAGUAUUAUGAAAAAGAAUACUACAGUAGUGACACUGAAGUCAUCUACAGACCUUUAA